AUGCAAAGCGAUCAAACUCUGUUAGGAGUACUUAACCACACAAAAACACCUGGUGGCGCUAGAAGAUUGCGCUCCAAUAUUCUGGAGCCUCUAGUGGACGUUGACACCAUCAACAUACGUCUGGACGCCAUACAAGAACUGCUGCAGGACGAGGAGCUCUUCUUUGGCUUAAGAAACGCCAUAGGUAAUUUCCUGGACAUUGACCAGCUGCUCUCUGUUCUUGUCCAAGUCCCUAAGCAGGAAACAGUCCAGGGUGCUGAAGCAAAGAUCACUCAUGUCAUUCAGCUCAAACACACGUUGGAUCUGGUGCCAAGGUUGAGGAUGGUGUUGAAAAACUGCAGCACAGCUCUGUUAAAGGCUUACAGCACCUCACUGGACGACAGCAGAUUUGAUGUGAUCCUGGAACAGAUCAAGACAGUAAUCAACGACGACACAACAUACCUUAAGGGGAGUCUAAACAUGCGCACCCAGAAGUGUUACGCCGUACGCCCCAAUGUCAACGAGUUCCUCGACAUUGCCCGCAGGGCUUACACCGAGAUCGUGGACGACAUUGCAGGGCUGGUGAACCAGAUAGGGGAAAAAUACGGAUUACCAGUGAGAACCAGCUUCAGCACAACGCGCAGUUUCUUCAUUCAAAUGAAACUUGAAGGCCUGUCUUUUCCUGAGGGGAAACUUCCUUCAGAGUUCAUCAAGGUGACCAAGCACAAAAACAACUACAGCUUCACCACGGCCGACCUGAUGAAGAUGAACGAUCGUUGUGACGAAGCCCUGAGGGAGAUCUUUCACAUCUCCUACGUGGUGAUAUGUCAACUGCUGAACACCAUCCGAGAGCACAUCCACUGUCUGUACAAGCUCUCUGACGCCGUGUCCAUGUUGGACAUGUUGCUGUCUCUUGCGAACGCGUGCACACUCUCAGAUUAUGUGCGUCCAGAAUUCACAGACACACUGGCCAUCAAGCAGGGUCGCCAUCCCAUUUUGGAGCGAAUGGCUGGACAACAGCCUGUGUCGAACAACAGCUACAUCUCUGAAGGCAGCAAUUUUGUUAUCAUCACUGGACCCAACAUGAGUGGGAAAUCCACCUUCCUCAAACAAGUGGCACUGUGUCAGAUCAUGGCUCAGAUAGGUCGGUGGCCACCCGCCUGCUGCGCCUCAUUUCGUGUUGCUGAUCAGAUUUUCACCAGAAUUGGAGUAGACGACGAUUUUGAAACAAAUUCCUCCACAUUCAUGCUGGAAAUGAAAGAGAUGUCCUACAUCAUCCACAAUGUUAGUGACAGAUCCCUGAUCAUCAUAGAUGAGUUGGGACGUGGCACAAGUGCCGAGGAGGGCAUUGGUAUUUGCCACUCAGUCUGUGAAUUCCUACUUGGCCUCAAGGCAUAUACACUGUUUGCUACACACUUUCUCGAACUCUGCCAACUGGAGUCUCUUUACCCCAACGUAGAGAACCAGCACAUGGAGGUACAGCACACCCGCAGUCUGGACUCUGGUGCUGAAAGUGUGGUGUACACUUACUUACUGAGUAGAGGAUGUUCAGAGGAAAGACACUAUGGAUUGAGAGCAGCUGAAAUGACCUCCCUGCCUUUAAGUCUAAUUCAUGAGGCAAAGACCAUUGCAUCUAAUGUAACUCAGCAGCUUUUGGCCAAACAUCACAGUGAUCCAGAAACACAGUGGCAGAGAGCUGUGUACCGCCUGGCCACCCGCCUGCUGCAGGCAGCCAGGAACUCCAGGCUGGAUCCAGACAGCCUGCGUAUGUACCUCAAAGGCCUGAAGAAGCAGUACGAGGCCGAGCUGCAGGCCAUGGUGACACAGGCCUCCAUGGACGUAAAGUCUUAGGCCUCCUCAGGGAUGGAGAAUAAAACAAAACAUAUAAAUACCAUAUUUAACAACCAUUAUAUAGUUUAUUUAGCUUGGGCCUUAGUAAUUAGUCUAUAAAACCCAUAUUAUUAUAGAGUUAAUUUACAACAUUGUUCAAGGUUUCCUGUUAAACUGUUUGUUGUGUCAUCUGUAACUUGGUAUCUUGCUUGACCACCUUUUUUCUACUAAACUGGACCAUAAUUUACCAAAACAGAGUUUGAAUUUCAAUUG